AUGAGUCUUCUUUCGUGGUUCCCUAUACUUGAAGAUCUGACUUUAGAUGGAACCAUAGGAGAUGAGGAACUGAAAUUGGAUAUCAUUGCACCAAAGCUGAAGACAUUAACAAUAAGUUUGUGCACUGAACCUGAAGCUGAAAGUGAUAGUGAAAGUGAGAAUGAAGGCGGUGAAGAUGAAAAUGAAGAUCAUAAUGUCAUUGCCAAUAUCAAUCUCUAUGAUCAUUCUGCAAGUGAGCACCCGACAUUUGCUAACCGUGCAUUGGCGCUUUUCGAAUCAGUUUCGAAUGUGAAGUAUCUGUCUCUUUCAACUCAUUGUUUGGAAGCUUCUUGUCUACCUUCUUUUAAUAAAUUGAAGGAAUUGAAGCUGGUUUUUCAAAAUUGUCAUCGAUUGGAGUCACUAUUACUAGAUAUUCUCGAUAGAUCACCGAAUCUGGAAUGUCUUGUUCUAGAUCGUGAGGUUGAAAGCUAUGCCUCUACUACUGAACAAUGCUCGGAGAAUCCAUUGGAAACUCUAGAAGCUGUACCUCUUUGUUUACCGUCAAAAUUGAAGACUAUAUCUAUAAUCAGAUUCAAAGGACAUCGAGAAGAGAUGGAAGUCGUGAAGUACUUCUUAAAGAAUAGUCUAGCUUUGAAGACGAUGACCAUCUUUGUGGUAAGGAAUUGUGGAGAUGCAAAGCAGGUGCAGAAGAAUUUAUUUAUGUUUCCAAGAGGUUCGGAGACUUGUCAGGUUGAGUUUAGAUGA